UAGAAGUGACUCUUGUGGGCGGAGUGCUGGGAAGGGGCAGCGGCCACCGCAGCGGGAGAAGCAGCAAUUUAUCCACUUGCAGCCCCAGCCUGGGAAGAAGAUGCUAAUUAAAGUAAAGACGCUGACUGGAAAGGAGAUUGAGAUUGACAUUGAACCCACAGACAAGGUGGAGCGAAUCAAGGAGCGUGUGGAAGAAAAAGAGGGAAUCCCCCCACAACAGCAGCGACUGAUCUACAGUGGCAAACAGAUGAAUGAUGAGAAGACAGCUGCUGAUUACAAGAUUUUAGGUGGCUCAGUCCUCCACCUGGUGUUAGCUCUGAGAGGAGGUGUUGGUCAUGGACAAUGACGGGCCUUCCCACCAUUACACCUCCUUACCCUGUCAUUGGUAAUGAGGUAUCACUCUCUGGGACACCAGAGCCCCCUCCCCUUGAUGCCCAGUCUUGUGUGUCUACUGAUGGGAGAAAGUGAGGACCCCAGGAUGCAGUAUUUCUGGCUCAAAGGGCCUUUGCUGGCUAUUGGAUUUAGCUUGUCAUCCUGUGUGCUUCCCUCUAAUGGUUGUGCCCCUGGUUGUCAAUAAAAUAUUUCCUGGCCUCUUGGAA